UUAACAAGGAUGUCUAUAGACAUAGCAGUGAACAUGGACCAUGGUGGUGAAAAACUGGGAAUUAGCAAGCCAGCUAAGGGGAUUUUUAAAUAGUCUAGGAAAGAGAAGACCAAAGCUCUACACCAAUGGGCAGAGAGUGGACAUUGUGCUGUGGAUAACUUUCAGACUUGCAGUGAGAUUUGAAGAAGAAUUAGAUGUCUGGAGGUUAGGGGAAAGAAAACCACAGUUGACUCUGAAGUUAUAAUUGUGGAGAAUGGUGGGUGGUAGUGGUGAUGUUAUAAGCUGUGGAGAAUGGUGGGUGGCAGUGGUGAUGUCAUAAUACAGGUGAGCGGCAGAAUCUACAGUAGAAGGAGAAGGCUUGGUCAGGACCAGUGAGCAGUCCUGCACGUGGUGAGUCCAAGGCGCCAUCUUUGGGACUCCCAGGGGAAAUGUAUCAAGGAGGCAGUGGAGAAAGCAGCAAUGCAGCAAGUCUUGGAAAACCUUACGGAGCUGCCCUCAUCUACAGGAGCAGAAGAAAUAGACCUCAUUUUCCUGAAGGGGAUUAUGGAGAAUCCGAUUGUAAAAUCACUUGCUAAGGCUCAUGAGAAACUUGAAGACUCAAAACUAGAAGCUGUCAGUGACAAUAACUUGGAAUUAGUCAAUGAAAUUCUGGAGGAUAUCACUCCUCUCAUAAACGUGGAUGAAAAUGCAGCAGAACUGGUUGGCAUACUCAAAGAACCACACUUCCAGUCACUCUUGGAAGCCCAUGACAUUGUGGCAUCAAAGUGUUAUGAGUCCCCUCCAUCAAGCCCAGAAAUGAAUAACUCUUCUAUCAAUAAUCAGUUGUUACCUGUGGAUGCCAUUCGUAUUCUUGGUAUUCACAAAAGAGCUGGGGAGCCAUUGGGUGUAACGUUUAGAGUUGAGAACAAUGACUUGGUGAUUGCCAGAAUCCUUCAUGGAGGAAUGAUAGACCGACAAGGUCUGCUUCACGUGGGAGAUAUCAUUAAAGAAGUCAACGGCCAUGAGGUUGGAAACAAUCCAAAGGAGUUACAAGAAUUACUGAAAAAUAUUAGUGGAAGUGUCACUUUAAAAAUUUUACCAAGUUAUAGAGACACUAUUACUCCUCAACAGAGUUGCAUCAAUAUGGAGAGGCAUCCAGCACAUGUCCAUCAGGUGUUUGUGAAGUGUCAUUUUGAUUAUAAUCCAUACAAUGAUAACCUGAUACCCUGCAAAGAAGCAGGACUGAAGUUUUCCAAAGGAGAAAUUCUUCAGAUUGUAAACAGAGAAGAUCCAAACUGGUGGCAGGCCAGCCAUGUAAAAGAGGGAGGAAGCGCCGGUCUCAUUCCAAGCCAGUUCCUGGAAGAGAAGAGGAAGGCAUUUGUCAGAAGAGACUGGGACAAUUCAGGACCUUUCUGUGGAACUAUAAGUAGCAAAAAGAAGAAAAAGAUGAUGUAUCUUACGACCAGAAAUGCAGAAUUUGAUCGUCAUGAAAUCCAGAUAUAUGAGGAGGUAGCCAAAAUGCCUCCCUUCCAGAGAAAAACGUUAGUGUUGAUAGGGGCUCAAGGUGUGGGCCGAAGAAGCUUGAAAAACAGGUUCAUAGUAUUGAAUCCUACCAGAUUUGGAACAACAGUGCCAUUUACUUCAAGAAAACCAAGGGAAGAUGAAAAAGAUGGCCAGGCAUAUAAAUUUGUGUCGCGGUCUGAGAUGGAAGCAGACGUGAAAGCUGGGAAGUACCUGGAGCAUGGGGAAUAUGAAGGAAAUCUCUAUGGAACCAAGAUUGAUUCUAUUCUCGAGGUUGUCCAAACUGGACGGACUUGUAUUUUGGACGUCAACCCACAAGCACUGAAAGUGUUGCGGACCUCGGAGUUCAUGCCCUAUGUGGUGUUCAUUGCUGCCCCCGAGCUGGAGACUUUACGCGCCAUGCACAAGGCCGUGGUGGAUGCAGGAAUUACCACCAAGCUUUUGACGGACUCUGACUUGAAGAAAACAGUGGAUGAAAGUGCCCGGAUUCAGAGAGCCUACAACCACUAUUUUGAUUUGAUCAUCGUGAAUGACAAUCUAGACAAAGCCUUUGAGAAGCUACAGACUGCCAUAGAGAAACUGAGGAUGGAGCCCCAGUGGGUCCCAAUCAGCUGGGUUUACUGACAGUUCAGUAAGGUCAACAGUUAAAACUUGAAAAGUGACUGAACAAAUAAACCUUCUGCUGAGAAAAACACAUGUACAGAUAGAAGAUACCUGCUAAGCCCAGGCAUUUUUAUUGUGUAGAAUGAAAUAACUGUACACUAUUCUGAAUUUUUAUAUAAAAUGUGGUUGGGAAGGUGUACUAAUAUAUAAUUUAUCUUAAUUUUUCUAACUUUUUAUGGAUAAUCUUUCUAUUCAUAUCACAUAAAGAAAUGCGUUGAAGCAUUUUGUAUAUGUUUUGAUUUAGUACCCUUGCCUUUUUCAUCAAAGGAAUUUUCAAAUCAUUCACUCUGACAUUGGUCUCACAUUUUCACUGUGAUAAUGAAUACUUGAAAUAGUUUUGUAAAGCUGUCAUUUAGUUCAGUAUUUAACCAGUGAAGGGUUCGUUACUCUUCUUAGGAGAAAGUAGUAGUUAUUGAUCUUCCUUCUUAAUUAAAUAUCCUACAGAAGCAGAAUUUUAAUGGCAGUGCUACAGCCAGUCUACUACCAUCUAAAUCUGACAUCAGAAGUCUGUCCAGUGCCACAUAUUUCUGUUAUUUCAGCCAUGUAUGGCUAUCCACUCUAAUUUAUACAGAUACCAGUUCUUCCCUUCAUUUAUGUCAUUAGAAAAUGAGCAAUACCUUGCCCUCUCUUACGAGGUUAUUAUUUUCAUUUGUUGGUAGUUACAUGCUGAACACUCACUAAUUUAACAUGCACAUGGUACGCUCUGGGGUUGGAAACAAGGUCACAGAGACUUGAGAGUGCCUUAUCCUGUAAAACCUUGCAGCAAAGUGACACUUGAAGAAAGUUUAUUUUCACACGCAAAUUUAAUGGACAGAGGUGAACCUACUAAUUUGGACAGGUUUUGAUUUUCUUAUAUGUUGUGUAUUAGGUUGUGGUCCGCCAAAGUCUCGUGCCUCCGCACAUAUCUGAGGUAUUCCUCUGAGGUUGCAAUUGGGGGUUUUCGUGAAUGAUCAGUAUGUGUUUUGAAAUGUGAUUUGAUAAUUAGGGUAUAUAUCCUUGUUGUGUUGAAAACCAAAUCAGUUCAACAAUUUACACGAUUUGGAAAUAACUGUAAGCUGUUGUAUACAUACGCACGCACACACAUAAUAUAUACACUAUAUAAUAUGUAUUAUAUAUUAUAUAGUAUAUAUGAACAUUUUUAACAUUUCUGUUAGGGAAUAUACUUUUGGUUUAAUGAUUAGGAAAAAAAUUCUUUAGAUGGCUUUAUAUAAUGUACAAAUUGUCACAUUCACCUCAUUUAGUAUCUUCCUUUAGCAUUUUUGGAUGCCAUAAAUUCAGAAACACAUUCAGAGAUGCAGCUCAUCAUUAAACUAAGUUAACUAUAUUUUCUACUGCUGCUGGCUUCUCACACAAUCUUCACUCUUAAAAGCACUAGGUGCUCAGAUACUAGCGUUUGGUGACAAGCACCAGGUGCCCAGCGGCUGAGUUUUUCUCCUUCACCAAAGCUGUCACGGGGCAUGCCAGUUAGGAGGAUUUUAAGGGAAGAGAAUAUACAAGCCGUACUCACAGGCUGUUUUAGAAACAGCGCUUCAUGAUACUCAAGUUCCUGUAUUGUUGAAAUUAGAAAUCUGUAGGGUUCUUGUUAUUUUUUUAAUUCUAGAAUUUCAUAGCCAAGAACACAAAUUCAUGUUCCUUGUGCUGAGACAGGAAUUUGUUGACAGUUUCUUGUCAACUCUGAAAGCUUUUAAACCAUAUAUAUUUCUACCAAAUUCUUGGCUUCUCAAAGCAACACGCAUCAAAGCACACAGUAUGGAGGUGAUAUCCUAUGACUUAAUGUUUCAACACACUACAAACAUUUCAGUUCUGCACUCUCAGGAAAUGUGCGGUAUUCCCUGGUGCACCCUGGCACUGCCGCGUGGAGCUUGUUUAAAUAGCUUUGGCAUAAUUGUAGCAGUGCAAGAAGUUGAUCCGCAAAAUAUUUCAACCAUGUUGGUGCAGUAGAGAUGACUUCUGCCUCAUAAAUAUUUUAGCCUUAUCAUGUAAUAUAGAAAUGCAUAUUGUUUAGAAAAUAGCCACUUAAAGGAGUUUUUUCUAUAAAUGGUGUUCAUGAAUUACUAUUUUUUUUAAAGAUUUAUUUAUUUAUUUGAAAGAGUUACACAGAGGAGAGGCAGAAACGGGGGGGGGGGGGGGGUCUUCCAUCCAAUGGUUCACUCCCCAAUUAGCCACAACGGCUGGAGCUGCUGAUCUGAAGCCAGGAGCCAGGAGUUUCAUCUGGGUCUCCCACAUGGGUGCAAGGGCCCAAGCACUUGGGCCAUCUUCCACUGUUUUCCCAGGCCAUAGCAGAAAGCUGGAUUGGAAGUGGAGCAGCCGAGUCUCAAACCAGCACCCAUGUGGGAUGCCAGUGCUUCAGGCCAAGGCGUUAACCCGCUGUGCCGCAGCACCAGCCCCCAUGAUUUACUAUUUAAUUAGUGGAUAUUAGAGUCCUAAUAUAAAUGGAAAUGAUGCAGUUUAGUUCCUUUCAGUCUAGCUGAAAAACAUAAAUUUAGAAAAGUUCCUUGUAUUUCAGUGAAGAGUCACCUGACUUGAAACCCAGGUCCUGCCUGAUUCUGAAGGAACCAGCAGUGUUCUGCUGGGGAGAGUAGGCCCAGAGGCCCCAGGGUUCUUCCUAGGGAACGGGAGCAUGGCUGUGACCUAGGAAAUGCGAAGUCUGGAGAAAGAUCUAAGACAAUCCGCCUUCCCGAAGAGAACGUGGUCCACAGGGCUGCUGACCCGUGGUGACAGCUAAGGACAGACACAGGUGUGGGUGCUUUAGGGGACAUGUUGUGCCAGAGCAUGCGUGCAUCUGAGGUCCUCGUGGACAGAGGUGCUCGCCUCAGCACCUAGGGCAGGGCUGCUUGCUUACACGUGACUGAAGGUGUACGAGUAUUGUUCUCAUUUUUAAAUGUACAAAAUACCUGUAGAAGUGAUAUCCCUGGAUGCGUCAUUUGUCUGUAACUAGUGCACUGACAUGCCCUUCAAGUAGAAUUGUUGCCUUCAUUGCAGUCAUGCCUUUGUAUAGCUGCAUUUCUUAUUGAUAUUUGGAUAAUGUCAGUCAAACACAUCAGGACUUCGUUUUGUUCAAUCCUGACUACACAACAGGUGAACACAGCUUCCUCAAGUAGGAAUUAUAUCAGAAAUUCACUGUGAUUACAGCAAUAGCAUCCUUAAACUCUAGAUUUGACUCAUGUCAACUUUUUUUUUUUUUUGGACAGGCAGAGUUAGAGAGAAAGGUCUUCCUUCUGUUGGUUCACCCCUCAAAUGGCCGCUACGGCCAGCACACUGUGCUGAUCCGAAGCCAGGAGCCAGGUGCUUCCUCCUGGUCUUUCAUGCGGAUGCAGGCCCCAAGCACUUGGGCCAUCCUCCACUGCACUCCCUGGCCACAGCAGAGAGCUGGCCUGGAAGAGGAGCAACCGGGACAGAAUCUGGCUCCCCAACCGGGGUGCUGGCGCCGCAGGCGAAGGAUUAGCCAAGUGAGCCGCGGCGAUGCCUCAAGUCAAUUUUCAAGAGCCUAUAAGAAAAGUUUCCUUUGAGCUGGCCAGUUAGUAAAAGAGAUGUAGAAAAUAACCUACAUCACCAGUAGUGGAACUGCAAGACACAGUGGGUUAAGGGUCAGGUCCUAGCCACUUUGACCAUAAUGUCCCAGUGACAGUUAAAAACAAUCCUUGUUUUAAAAGAACCAGGAAAAUGCUACUUAUUCUUAGUUAUAGUAACAAAUGUCAUUGAUCUGGUGAUUGGAGUUAAUUUUUAAGAUGGAUAGCCGUAUCCACUUAAGUGUAAUUAUUUUGAGUCAGCAAACACUGAUAAGUCUUGAAAACUUGUCAAAAUAUAAUCAACUUAUAUUUUGUUUUUAUGAUUUCUGAAAUAGUGCUCCAUUAUUCCAUUAAUCACAGGCUAGAGAGCCAAUGAUUUUUGUAGGAAUAAACCUUUAUACUAAAUAUGGCAGUCCUGAGGUUUUAUGUAUAUAAAAAGCAUUCUUUUAAAUGUUUGAGUCACUACAUGUGACAUAUAUAUAUAUAUAGCUCUGUGUAUAAUAUGUAAAAUUCUCCCAAAAUACAUAAAACUAAAUGUGCUCAUAACAGGUAUUUUAAAUUUUUAAUUAUGCCCAAAUCCCUAGACAUUCUGAAGCAGUGUUGUUAGAUGGCUUUAAAAAGUCCUAGGUUCCACCUUGAAGCUGAUGCUGAUCUCCUUUCUGAAAAGUAUCCGAGGAGUUAAACUCGGAAAAUCCUCACUCAGUAUUGUAACUUAAUCUCCUUACAAAAAAGGAUCAUGUUCUAGAUGGAAGCCUGUUGGGAAAUACUUACUUAAAACUUGGAAAGAAUUUGUGAUGCAGGCUUAGAGACCACAAUACCUGCCCUCCUCUUGCUAUAAGGAGUUUGCUGUGAGAAUUCAUGUGGUAACAUAUGUAAUAUAUUUAGAAUUAUUGGGAAAAUUGUAAUAUAUCAAAUAAUGGGAUAACUAUAUAGUACAGGUAAAUAUUCACAAAUCUUAAUACAUUCAAUUAAUUCAGCAUCACAUCAGUUUUUAUAUAAGUAUAUGUGAUAUACUUGAGAAAGAUGACAAUUCUAUAAUUUUGUAAGGUUAAUUUUAAGUUGCAUCUUUAUUCUAGCUUUUUUUCAAAAUUGUGUUCAUUUUAAAAAUAUUUCUCAUAAUUAGUCAUGUUACUUUCUGUGUUCCUGGAAUGGUUUUUGAAAAGUGCAAAGAAGCAAAUAUAAGUCCUUUAUAUAUACACUGAAAAGUGAAAGAGUGACGAUAGCUCGUGUCUAAGGUAAGAAGCAUGUUUUGCACCACUUCGGCAAUAUCCUGCAGUACUUUCUUAAAGACACUCUGUCAUGAUGAAAGUAAAAUGGUAAACUUCUGCCGGCUAAGAUCCUAAUUCUGACUUCUGACCAUGUGAUUUUUUGAUAAAAGUUUAUAUUUCCCUUUACCUUUAAUAUUCCACUUAAUAGGGCUCAGUUAAUCUUUGUCUUCACCUUAAAUAUAAGAAGUAAUUUGUUACUGUGAUGUGAUAAAUGCUAAACUGGAAAAUCCUUAUGAAGCUACUUUAUCUGUUCAUUAAAUGUGUGUGUUUAUAUGGA